ACCAACUCCCGUCGCAGCACUCCCGCCGCUGCCGCAUCCCGCCGUGCGCCGUCGCGCUGAGCUGCCCGCCCAUGCCCGGACACCCCACCCCGACGUCGCCACGAUGAAGCUGAAGCUCAAGAACCCCAACGCCCCGGCCGGCAAUGCGCCAGCAGCCGCGCCGCCUGCCCUCGCCGACGCCGCGCCCGCGCCCACGCCUGCAAAGCCGGGCGGCUUCAAGCUCAAGCUGAAGCCCGCUGCGACGCCAGCCGCAGACGGCGAUGGACCCGCUGACCCGCUCAAGCCCAAGCGCAAGUACACCAAGAAGACCAAGGGCGACGACGGCAACUCGUCGUUCUCCAGCAAAGUGAGCUUCAAGAAGCGCGCGCGCGAAGAUGGCGAGGACGGCGAGGCGCCCGUCGCAAAGCGCAAGCCGAAGCCGACGCUAAAGAGCCUGGAGGGCGUCGACGAGAGCGACGACGACGACGACAUGGAGGAGCCGCCAGUGCCCGUGCGACGCCCGCCGCCGCCGGUUCCGAACCGCUCGACAUCCCUCAAGCUCUCCAUCAAGCCGAAAGCCUCGGCGGGUGCCUCUGCCCCGCGCGGCACGACGCUGCUCAAAGUCAAGGGCGCGGGGCGGCCUCCCUUCCGACCGCCCGGCGUGGGCUACGACAGCGAGGCCGAAGAGGCAGAGAAGGACCCCGCCAUCGAGAGCCAGUUUAUCCUGCGCAUGCUGCCAGGGUCCGACUGCGACCUCCUGCGCAAGUCCAUCGAGGAGAAGACCAUCGGCCGGAGCGCCAUGCAGGGCGGGCCGGGCGUGCACUUUAGAUUCUUCGACAAGGAGGGCCGGAGAGCCAUGGUCACGAUACAGGGGCGUCACUACGCAGCCUCGAUGGUCGAGCUGCCCAACAUCAUAGAGUCCAUGAAGAGCUGGAACAAGAAAGACUGGGUCAAGACCGCCGACGUGUGCCAGAUGCUCCUCGUUCUGGGUAGAGUCCAGAACGAGGACGAGGCGAAGAAGUACCCGCGUCCAGGCUAUGUCGACGAAAACUCGCAUCGCUUUCCUCACGGUCUCACCCCGCCCAUGCGCUGGGUCCGCAAGAGGCGCUUCCGUCCGCGAAAAUCCUACCUUGACGUCGAGCGAGCCGAGGCGGAGAUGAACGCCCUGCUCGAGGCCGACGAUAAUGCCGAGAACACAAAGUACGAUCUCGUCGAGGAGGGCGCAGAGUCUGAGGAGGAGUCUGCCUCGGAAGACGACGAAGACGAGCAGAUGAUGGACGCACCUGCAGAGACACCAAUCGAGGAAGUCGACGCUGCUGCCCUGGAAGAGAUGCUGCAAGCCGGGUUCAUGGAGGACGACGACGUCGAGAUACAAGCCGACGGCGACGACAUCGAGGCUCUGUUCGGCGACGCCAUGGAAGGCCAGACGCCUGUCACCGCACACGACGCAGCCAUGCAUGCACUGCAGAGCGGCAGAAUCGUCGUCGAGCCCGAGACUGCCCCGGCUACGCCCACCGCCGCCACAUCAGCCGAGGACGAUGACGACGACGAUGAUGAUGAUGAUGACGAUGACUCGGAAGUCGACGAGGCCGCUGCCGCCGAACAACAGCGUAGAGAGCUGUUGGAGGCCGAGAUUGCGGAGCUGGAGAAGGCAGUCCAGCAAAGCAUGGAGUCGCGCGACAAGCAGAACAACCCGCUCUUCAAACAGCGCAUGAACAAGACCAUCGAGCGACAGCAGCAAGAUCUGCACAUCAAGAAGAAGCAGCUGAACGAGCUGAACGGCAACGAGGACGCAGACGACUAGGCCGUCGGCAUGAAGCUAUGCAUUGCAUCGGAGUACGACUGGGCAUUGGGACGGCGCAUAUCAUUGGGACGCAUGGUGGGUGUAAGCAUGUCAGUCCGUUUAUCACUAGAUACCAUCUAUGCAUUCGAAUCAAAUUAACCAAAACAUCGUUCCGAUUCUCGAUGUUUCUCGAGGGCUGAGUGAAGGUGUCACGUGCGGU